AUGACCGCCGGAACGAAUUUCUCCAACGGCGAACCCGCGCAGGAUCGCCGCUUCGGUACUCUCGCCGUUCACGCCGGUGCCCCUCACGAUCCCAUCACCGGCGCUGUUAUCGCUCCCAUCUCUCUUUCCACUACCUACGCGCAGACGAGCGUUGGCAAUCCUGUCGGCGUCUACGAGUACACCCGGAGCUCCAACCCCAACCGUGACAACUUUGAGCAGGCUGUUGCGGCCCUCGAGCAUGCGAAAUACGCCCUGGCCUUUUCCUCCGGUUCUGCCGCUACGGCGAAUAUCCUCCAGUCCCUCGCCGCGGGCUCGCACGUCGUCUCGGUCUCCGAUGUGUACGGUGGCACACACAGAUACUUCACCAAGGUCGCGUCCGCCCACGGCGUGCAUGUGACGUUCUCGCCGACGAUCGAAUUGGACGUGGAGGAGCUGAUCCGACCCAACGAGACCAAGUUGGUGUGGAUCGAGACCCCUUCGAACCCGACUCUGGGCUUGGUUGAUAUUCGCAAGGUCGCGGACAUUGCGCAUCGCCAUGGCAUCUUGGUGGUGGUGGACAACACCUUCAUGAGCCCUUACAUCCAGAACCCCUUGGACCACGGUGCCGAUAUCGUGGUGCACUCGGUGACCAAGUAUAUCAACGGACACUCUGAUGUCCUCAUGGGUGUCGCCGCCUUCAACUCGGAGAGCUUGAAGGAGCGCCUCACUUUCCUCCAGAACGCCAUUGGAGCCGUUCCCUCUGCGUUCGACUGCUGGCUGGCUCACCGUGGUCUGAAGACUCUCCACCUUCGUGCGCGUGAGGCCACGACCAACGCCACCGCUGUGGCCAAGGCGCUUGAAGCCUCCCCUCACGUCCUGUCCGUCAACUACCCUGGCAUCGACUCUCACCCCCACCGCGCCAUCGCUAUCAAGCAGCACCGCCAGGGAAUGGGCGGUGGUAUGCUGAGCUUCCGUCUCAAGGGCGGCCAGAAGGCUGCUCACCUCUUCUGCCAGUACACCAAGGUUUUCACGCUGGCCGAAAGUCUGGGAGGUGUCGAGAGUCUUUGCGAGGUUCCCUCCAGCAUGACUCACGCUGGUAUCCCCAAGGACCAGCGGGAGGCCGCUGGUGUGUUCGACGACCUUGUCCGCAUGAGCUGCGGUGUUGAGGAUGCGGAGGAUCUCACGGCCGACGUGCUGCAGGCCCUUGAAAAGGCCGUGGCGGCCAGCCUGCAGGAGAACGGCACCAAAUAA